AUGCCUGAAGCAGUCAGUGAAACAAGCCAUGUGCGUUCACCAAAAGAACUCACUGAGGAAGACAAGAUACUUGUCAGAGAGACGUGGAAAGAAGCAGCUAAACCAGAGGUCCAAGCGGGGCAGAAAUUAUUCCAGAAGAUAUUUCAAAUUUCUCCCGAUGCUAUGAGUUAUUUUUCCAACCCAGAUAUGGAGAGUGACGAAUUCAAGGCUCACAUCACUCGGGUCAUGAGUACGUUAGAUACUGCCAUACAAAAUCUAGACGACUUGGCCGAGCUCGCGCCUACUCUUGAGAGACUGGGAACAAUUCAUGCUACCAUGGGAAUCAAGAAAGAACAGCUUGCCGUAAGUAUCGCCGGCUCGCCUCACUUACAGUAA